ACGAAAAAGUAUUUGCUACAGUAAGGCACAUAAAUUUCAAUAAAAUUAAAACAUUAGAGCAUUUCAUUUUAAUUACAUUAUCAUAAAUUGCACAACAAUGUUGGAGAACAAAAACAUAAAGUCGAAUUAAUAAGUUUUUUACACUAUUAUAUCAUACUCUACAGAAUCAACAACAGAAAAUUCAAGCGCGAAUGUCAGAAGUCGCAUCAUUAAAUGAAGAUGUUGAUAUGGACACGAAAGUACUCGCUAUUGAAAAUGUGUCGAAGCAAAUGGCCGAUAGCGAUCAUAAUCAAGAACUUUCGGACUUUGCUAGAAGUAGCAACGAAGACGUUCUGGGAAGAAGAAAGACGUUAUUAGAAGUAAAUGCAAACAGUAACUUGAAUGCUGUGGCAGGAACGAGACACAGGGUGGUCUUCGAUGUGUCGAAUGAUUGCUUCCUUCCAGUCAGAUAUGCAAUUAGCACAAGAAGUUCGCCAUUUAGAACUGCCAAUAUUCUGCCAAUAUACAUAUGGUUAUCUCCAGGACAAACAAGUCGUGUACCCAUCGACAUUUAUAUACCACAGAGAAGCCAAGAGACAGUCAACACGCUUACAUUGCGCAUCGAUGGCACGCAAAUAGAGGAGAAAACUGUAUACAUUUACGUUCAGAAUGCAUUGUCCAGGACUGAUGACGCAAGACCUACUAUCGAGCACUCAUUUAAUAGCAACUGCGCUGGUAAAACGGAUAGGAAUCGCUGCGACAAGACAUUUUGGAGCGCAGAUAUCACCGUUCAAGAUUCUGAUUCAGGUUUAAAACGGGUUGUGUCAACUCCAAAUGUAAUUUAUCCACGCACGUCAUUUAUAAGCGGUACGAAAGAGCCUGUAAGAUUUUAUUAUUCGUCGACGUGCUGCUCCACGACAGCUAGAAUCACCGCGAUAGAUGUAACAAAUAAUCAGCAUCUUCGCACUCUCGAUGUUAACGCAUGGGACAACUUAGAGCAAGGAGAGAUAGCAGCUAUCACGCUUGGUGCAUUACUUCUCCUUCUUCUUCUGAUCCUCCUCAUAAUUGCAAUAGUAUUCUGCGUUCGCAAGAGGAGCAGUCACGAUUUACCUUACACUCAACGUUAUGGUUCUAGACCGCCUGCGAGAUCCGAAAGAACAAGCUUCUAACUGCAUGCUUGUAUUAGUAUUGGUAACUGUACAUUGAACCUUCACAGACAUUAUGCAUAACUGCCUUCUUUAGUAUCAAUUACGUGUUUUUAAGCCUACAUUGCUGUCGUGUUUCUUAAAAAUGAUUAAGUAGUUCAUCGCAAAUACUAACUUAUUGAAAUUCUCUCGAAGUUUUUGACACAUAAAUUCAACUUAUCGUUACCACGUUAGUUUGAAUGGUGUCCAUGUAAAAUGAAUAAAAAUAAAUAAAAAAAUACACUGCACUUGAUAAAGACCAGAAUCAUGAUCGAAACGUUGUGUUAUCAAUAAAACAAAAGUAUUGCCAGACCGUCGAGGAAAUCAUUGCUGAUUAUUUCAAACUUGUUACUGGCGAAACAAUACUAAGAUUAUGCACAUCAGUUUGUACCGUUCGAAUAAAGUGUUUAAUAAAUUUUUAUGUAAAAACUA